AUGGUAGUGAUGCUGAUUAUGCCGAGUCAAUACUUCAAUAAAAUCAAAGCCCUCUCCCGCUCGUCCGAAACCUACAACCCCACCGGCACCACGGCGGUGGUGCAGCCACGCAACCUGAAUCCCGAACUGCACCCGUUCGAGAAGGCGCGUGAAUAUACGCGCGCCCUAACGGCGACGAAGAUGGAGCGCAUGUUUGCAAAGCCCUUCAUCGCGCAGUUGGGCAGCGGCCACAUCGAUGGUGUCUACAGCUUUGCGAAAGACCUGCGGCGGCUGGACCGGGUCGCUUCUGGUUCCGGCGAUGGUGAGGUCAAGAUCUGGGAUCUGGUGGAUCGGAAGGAAGUUAUGGCUGUGCAUGCGCAUGAGGGGAUCGUUAAAGGACUGUGUUUUACAUCUGUGGGAGGCGACAGCAGGCUCCUGUCGUGUGCGAGCGAUCGUACGGUCAAGCUGUGGGAUCCUGAGCAGAAUGGUACUGGGAAUAAUACGCCGGUGGCGACGUUCUUUGGUACCGGUGCGUUUAAUGCUGUCUCGCAUCAUCGCACCGAUCGGAAUUUCGCUACCGCCUCGUCUACCGUCGACAUUUGGGAUUGGAGCCGACAGAAGCCGAUUACUACGCUGCAGUGGGGCGCCGACACCAUCACGACUGUCAAGUUCAACCAGAGCGAGACGUCUGUGCUAGCCUCGGCCGGCGGUGACCGAACGUUGAUCCUGUACGACCUCCGCACCAACUCGCCGCUAUCAAAGAUUACCACAGCCUUGAGGACCAACCAGAUCUGCUGGAACCCUAUGGAGGCGUUCAAUUUUGCGGCAGCAAACGAAGACCACAACGUUUAUAUAUUCGAUAUGCGCAAGAUGGACCGCGCAUUGAAUAUCCUCAAGGACCACGUCGCUGCGGUCAUGGAUGUGGACUAUUCGCCCACGGGUGAGGAGCUGGUGACGGGAAGUUACGAUCGCACUGUGAGGAUCUACAAGGCGAGGGAAGGACAUUCUCGCGACAUCUACCACACCAAACGCAUGCAGCGUGUCUUCUCCGUCGCUUUCACUACCGACACCCGCUACGUCCUCUCCGGCUCCGACGACGGCAACGUCCGUCUGUGGCGCGCCCAGGCCUCUGAGCGCUCGCACGUCCGGUCAGCCAAGGAACGUACCAAGCUGGAGUACGACGCCGCGCUCAAGGAACGAUACAAGCACAUGCCGGAGAUCAAACGGAUAUCUCGCCACCGCCACGUGCCACAGCCGAUCAAGAAGGCUGGUGAGAUCAAGAAGGAGGAGCUGGCAUCGAUCAAGCGCAGAGAGGAGAACAGGCGGCGUCACUCGAAGAAGAAGGAUUCGCGGAGGAUACCGCAGAGGGAGGCGAUGAUUGUUGCGAAGGAGUGAUGCUGCAGUCAUAUUUUGCAUAUUUCCUGUUGGCGUUUGGGUUUGCUCAAAAGUUCUAUCUAUUGUGCAGAGAUGAGUGGUGGUGGUGGUGUAAAUAAUGAUACAUGAAUGCGUCGAUGUCAAUUGAGGAAUGUUCCCCACGUGAAGUGUAGGCAAACCACCUAAUCAUGAGCUGGGUGGAGAGCGUUGGGG